AUGCAUAAAGCAAGGUUGAGAAGGUUUGGACAUGUGAAUCGGAGAUGUACAGAUGCUACAGUGAGGAGGUGUGAGAGUGGUAGUAUUAGUAGUAGUAGUAGUAGUAGUGGUAGAAGUGGUAGUAGUAGUGGUGGUGGUGGUGGUGGUGGUAGUAGUGGUGGUGAUGGUGAUGGUGGUAGUAGUAGUGAUAGUAGUGGUAGUAGUGUUAGUAGUAGUGGUGGUGGUAAUGGUAGUAGUAGUGACGGUGAUAGUAGUGAUAGUGAUAGUGGUAGUGGUGGUAGUAGUGGUGGCAGUGGUAAUAGUAGUAGUAGUGGUAGUACUGGUACUAGUAGUGAUAGUUGUAGCAGUAGUGGUAGUAGUAUUGGUAGUGGUAGUAGUGGUAGUAGUGGUGGUGAUAGUGGUGGUGGUAUUAGUGGUGGUAGUAGUAGUAGUAGUGGUGAUGGUGGUAAUGAUAGUUAUAAUGGUGGUGGUGGUGCUCUCUUGCUGUCUGACUCGGAGGCAUCCUCCUCUCCUUCUUUCCCGCGACCCAUGAACAGGAAAAUCAUCAUCAUCUACCGGCCUGGUCGAUGGAAUUGGAGUGCCAUGAGAAAUGCUCAACUCACCAUGUGCCUUGGCCAACUCAGUGCUAUGCCUUCUCCAGCGUCUUAG